UUAAAUUUAAUCAUUUUAUUAGUCGAGGGGUGAGGUGAAAGUUCACGCUGGUUGAAAAUGUCCGCAAAAGUAGCCAAGUCAAACAAGUCUGCCUCCAAAGAGCCGUCGGCGUUGGCAAAACUCUACCUUAUCGGCUACAACGCUGUGCAGGUGGGCGGCUGGAGCUACAUCCUGUAUCAGUUGGUCAACUACUACCUGCUGCAGGGCCCCGAGUUCCGCGCCCAGAUAACGCUCUGGGACUACACACAAGUGGCUGUCAUUAUUUUCCAGAAUGCAGCCUUUGUGGAAAUCCUCAACGCAGCCUUUGGCCUGGUGAAAUCUAAUCCGGUGGUUACCGGAUUUCAAGUCUUCAGCCGCAUGAUGGUCGUCGUUGGAGUGGUCAUGGCCACGCCUACGGGCAAGGUAUCGCCAGGUCUGCCCAUUGCCCUCUUUGCCUGGGCCAUCACGGAGAUCAUCCGCUAUGGUUACUAUGCGCUGAACAUUGUCAAAGUGGUGCCACACUUUGUGGUCUUCCUGCGCUACACCACCUUCAUUGUCCUGUACCCGAUUGGCGUCACCGGCGAGCUCCUGUGCUUUUGGUGGGCCCAGAGCUAUGCCAGGGAAAACAGUGUGUGGAGCACGGUGAUGCCGAACAAAUGGAACGCAACCUUUUCCUACUUAGCCUUCCUGUGGAUUGUAAUGCUCGGCUACAUUCCCAUCUUCCCCCAACUGUAUCUGCACAUGUUUGCCCAGCGCCGCAAGAUCCUUGGCGGCGCCAGCAGCGCCGUCGGAGCUGCCUCUGUCCAAAAGAAGAAAGCGCAUUGAACCUUGCCCAACCAGCACGACACAAAUUCCGGAUUCAAUUUGCAUACCGCUCGUCGUCGCACUUUGGAGUCGGUCGUCGUAAGCGUUUCGCGUUCGCUUUUGGGGUCGCCUCUUACCUCACCUCUUGCACAAACAUAUUCGAUUUUGACGCGUAAGCUUUAGCUAUUAGGUGGUUUUUGUGUACAAAUAAACUAGAUACUUUUUUCCAAA